AUGGUGGAGACCCUAUACAAGGCGAAAACCCGGAUAAUUACACUGGCGGUGAUAGAGAAGUUUGACCAAUAUUUUACUAAACGAGACCCACAGUUAAUGCUCCGCGAGAAGUUCUGGUUCCAGCUCCAACGAGAACCAAAUCAGAGUUUUGACUCCUGGGUAAUCACUGUAAGAGGAAGGGCUGCAGAAUGUAAAUUCCCACCCGAAUUCCAAGCUAUAAGGGAUAAGCUUACCUUUUCCUGUGUAGAUGAUAGGUCGAAAUUGAAGUUGCACGAAGAAGGGGCAGGGCUUUCACUCGAUAAAACAAUAACAAUCCUCUCGAUGAAAGAAGCAUCUAGUCGGGAACUACAAGAAUCAAAGACGGCAACAAUCGAGAGAGUAGGAUUGAGAGCACCUGGAAAAACAGCACCCCAGUAUGCACAGCGGUCCGAGACAAAAAGUAAACGGAGACAGCCACCUAAUAGAUGCGGAUACUGUGGCAGAGACCAUCCUCGCGACAAAAUCAACUGUCCAGCAGCUAACGUGCGUUGUGAUAAAUGCAUCAAAGUUGGGCAUUUCGCUGCUGUAUGUAGAAGCAAACCGAAUACAAGAGUAAGUCAAGUAGAAGAUGCACAUGAGGGUGAGAUUUUAGAGCAUAACCCGACAUUCGUGGAACGGGUUUUGGCAGUCCCUCAAACAGAUAAUACAUAA